CAAUGCUGCUUUCUGAUUCGUCAGUGGAUCAUGUGUCUUUUCAGCUGGAGAGCUAUAUAAGGGCCAGGGAGUGGCAACUUAGUUCACCACAUCUGUUUGCAGGACCAGAUCAGCUUCAGUGAAACUCAGCUUCAAGACCCAUAGCACCAUCAUGCCUGGAUUUCUUUGCACCAACCUCAAUAUUCCACCUGGUCGACGCAUUGCUAUGAAAGGAAAUCUUUCAGCAGGAGCUAAGAGCUUUGUAGUUAACUUGGGCAAAAACAAAGAUGACUUUAUACUGCAUUUCAACGGACGUUUCGAUGCUCAUGGUGACACAAGGACCAUUGUCUGCAAUUCCAAGAGCAAAGGGCAGUGGGGCACAGAACUGAGAGAGAGCCACUUUCCCUUCCAAGAGGGCAGCCCUGCUGAGCUGUUCUUUACUCAUGAUAAAAAAGAAGUGACCAUCACGCUGCCAGGCAACCAUCAAUUCAAGUUCCCUAAUGCCUUGGCCGCAGAAGGCAUUGAAUUUAUCUGUGUAGAAGGCGACAUUGAUGUCACAGGAAUCUCAUUUGCUUAACUGCUCCACCUCCUGCUCCUAUCCUACUUACCCUCCUGCUCAAAUAAGGCAGAAAAAAUAAUAAUAAAUGCAACUCAAUUAUGUUUAUAA